CAUCAUCAGCAGUUCUACUAGAGACAGUCAGCGAGUCAUCUUUACACAGCCAAUAGACAAGAUGGAUCACAACAUUGUUAGGCGCAACGAUGCCGUGAAGGUCAAUGGCUACUGCCAGAAUGGCAAGUGUGUCGACAUUGCCAUCACCGAUCACGGCAGUGACGUCUACUUCGCCAUUUGUGCGGUGAUGGGAUUUGUCGGAUUGGGAAUUGUCGUCGCUUCAUACACCCGGCCAAGAACUGAUCGCGUCUUCUUCUACAUUUCGGCCGCGAUCAAUCUCACUGCCUUCGUCGCGUACUACUCGAUGGGCUCUCAUCUUGGUUGGACGCCAAUUGAUGUGGAGUUUUCGCGCACCGACGACAAGGUUGCGGGCGUCAAUCGUGAGAUCUUCUACGCGCGAUAUGUCGAUUGGGUCAUCACCACUCCCCUCCUGCUCUUGGACUUGCUCCUCACCGCUGGCUUGCCAUGGCAGACGAUUCUCUGGGCCACAUUCCUCGACGAGGUUAUGAUCGUCACUGGCCUACUUGGAGCUCUUGUAAAGACUCGCUACAAGUGGGGAUACUAUACCAUUGGAUGCGUGGCCAUGUUUGGUGUUUUCUGGAGUCUCAUCGGUCAAGGACGCCUGCAUGCUAAGCAUCUCGGCAGCGAUGUGUCCCGCGUGUACUUCCAGUGCGGCAUCUUGACCCUUUUCGUCUGGACUCUUUACCCAGUCGCCUGGGGCUUGUGCGAAGGCGGAAACGUGAUUGCUCCAGACUCGGAAGCAGUCUUCUAUGGCGUGCUUGACUUUGUCGCGAAACCAAUCUUCUCCAUCGCGCUCGUUUGGGGCCAUUGGAACAUCGAUCCCGCCCGCCUAGGUCUGAAGCUCCGGGACUACGACGCCGACAUUGCCUACCAUGGAAACGGAAACGCAGGUACGUCGAAUGGAGCCGGUGGCGAUAAACACUUCGAAGCCGGUGGCACCAAUGGUGUCACUGAAGCCUAGCUUAGCUGUCGCCGUCAUGACUCAGCAACAUCUGCGACUAUCACGAAGCGGAUAGAGGGGGAGAGGUUGUCAGCGGGGAGUUGAAAUGGAAAGUAGUACUAUGUUUCCAGCAUGAUACCCUUGAUGUAUGUUGCGUUGCACUGCUUGGUAAUGUUUUGGGAGGAAGUAAUGGCAAGUGAUGCGGCCUGUCGACAAUCGUUUCGGCAAAAAUUGUACCCGCUACUUAACGUAGCAUAAUACUUACUCUGGCCGCGAGCAUUUCACGACUG